AUGGCAGCCCCUACCGGAGCCAUAUCUGCACCAUUAGAUCCUUCAGCUCCAUCAUCGGCGGAUACAGCAGCAGCAGCAGCAGCUACUUUAUCAUCACCAAAAUCAAUGGAACAAUUAAUGAAUGAAAUCGAUCAAUUAAAAAAAGAUGUUGAUACAACAACAAAAACCUUGGAAAAAAUUGAUACUGGACGAAAAAAAGCUGCUGCUAAUCGUGAUCGUUCAGUUGAAGGUCGUACACAAAUUCGAGAUUUAAAUGAACGUCUUAUUAAUCUUCAAAAACAAAUUGAUGCAAUGACAAAAGAUUCUGAUCCAAAAUUUCCAGUAAAAAAAUUUGAUAAAACAAAAAAAUCGGCAUUAAAAACUUUAUCAAGUCUAUCAAAAGAUCUUAAUCAAGUUGAUAAACAUCUUGAAAGAGCAACUGGAACAAUACCAGCAACUACUACAUCUACAGGUGAUCUUCAACCAGCUGCAACACCAGCUGAUGGUCAACCUGUAGCUGCACCACGAGUAUCAACUGAAACUGAAAAUACAAAAGGAGUUGGAGCACUAAUGAGAAAACUUCCAUUUGGUGGUAAAAAGAAAUCAUCAUCAAAGAAAUCACAUGAUACUACGACACCAACAGCAACAGAACCUAUUCAUAAAACGGAUGAUGCAGCAGAAAAGAAGACGAAAGAUGAAGCACGAAGUGAUACUGAAGAAGAGGAGGACGAAGAGGAAGACGAGGAAGACGAAGAAGAGGAAAGUGAUGAUGAUGAUGUUGUGUCAGAUAAGAAAAAAGUACCCGAGAAAUCACCUCGAUUAUUAAAGAAAACUGAACCAAUUAUUAUAAAUCGAAAGAAAAUAGAAGUAUCUGAUGAAGAAAGUGAUCUAAGUGAAGAUGAUGAUGAAGCUCAGGAUGAUCGUCAAUUAUUAGAUGAACUUAAAAGUCAAACAUUAACAGAUGAAAAUGGUAAAGAUUUAACCGGUCAUGGUCGUCGAUCACGUUCACCUGCAACACCACGUACUAGUAAAAAAACAUUAGGAGUUAAAACCGAUCUUAUACCAUCUUCAUCACCAAAAAUUAAAAAACCAACAACAAUAAUAUCAUCACCUAUACCAACACAUAAAAAAAUACAAAGUCCAAAAGGACGUACUGAAAUUCCAAUAGUUAAAAAAAAACGAGAUGAUGAAAGUGAAGAAGAAGAAGAAGAAGAUUCUUAUUUUGAAGAAGAAGAUGAAGAAGAACUUCGACAUUUACGUGAACCAGAUGAUCAUGAAGAAUAUGUAUCUGAUCAUGAUUAUGAUGAACAAAAAGAAGAAGAAGAAGAAGAACAACCAACAUUAGUUAAUGCAUAUGUACAAGAACUUCGAACAAAUAAAUAUUUACCAGGAACACAAUUUAUUGUUAUACAAGAUUCAAUUGGUGAACAAACUGGUGAUUUAACUAUACAUAAAAAUGAUAUAUUAACACUUGUUGAACAACGUUCAGAUGAUUGGUGGUUAUUUAAAAAUAUUGAAACACAACAACAAGGUUUAGUACCAAUUAAUCUUAUUCAUUUGUUAUCUAAACAACAAAUACGACGACGAAUAAAACCAACAACAUCAGCAAUAACACUUGUUAAUGCAUUUAAAGAUAAAAAUAAUAUUCCUACUGGUUUUGUACCAUCAGAUUUAGCUGAAUUAAGUCAAAUUGAACAAUAUCAAUUAUGGCAAAAUCUUAUACCAAAAAUGACUGAAUCAAAUCUUGCUUUUACUGAUCUUCAUUGGCGUGCUGAUACCGAUAAAUUACAAGUACAUGAUGUCAUACAUCAAAAAAUUCUUACACUUAAAGAAUGUGUUAAAAUACCUCGAGUUAAAGGUGAACAGAUUCGUGUUUUGGAUCGAUGUGUUCGUGUAUGUCUGUAUGAUGGUGCUGACGUCAUUUCGAAUAUUCAUACUGUUCGAGCACUUAUUCCAUCAAAAAUUGAUGAACGAGAUUUAACUGAAGAUUGGCAUUUUGUACGUAAUGGUCCAAAUACAUUAAUUGAUGAACAACCUGAAUUACUUAUACGUUCAAAUACAUCAACUUCUGGUCAAAAUCUAAAAUUACUUAUGGAAUUAUCAUUAUGGUGUCAAUCAACAGUAACACAAGAAAAAUGUGAAAUUGCUUGUGGUUGGUCAACAGUUUCAAUUGAUGAUGAUGAACCACCAUUAAUAACAGAUACAAAAAAUUAUAAUGAACUUUUAAAAGGUGGAAAUAUAGAUGAAACAAAUAUUUUACUUGAUCCACAAUAUAAAAUUCUUAGUUCAGAUGGUAUAUCAGGUAUGAUUGAUCGUUUUAAACGAGCACGUAUUAAAUUUUCAAUUGAAUCACGUGAAAGUGAUGUUGAUUUACUUUAUGAUAAUUUACCAAUACAAUCAAUUAUUGUACCAAUUAAUAUAAUAAAACCUAUUGUUUUUUUUCGUAAUGAACUUGCAUAUCAAUUAUAUAAACGUCAACAUCCAACUAAUUUAUCAACAACACCAAUUGAUUCAAUAUUUUUAAGUACAUUUUUUCAAUCAUUAAAACAAUCUGAUCUUAUUUAUACAUUAAAUCGUUUAUAUAGUGUAAGAAAACAUCGUUAUCUUACAUCAUCAUCAAGUUUACAACAACAACGUAAAUUAUUUAUAAAUACAUAUGAAUUAUUUAUUUAUCCUCUUCUUCAAUAUCGACAAUUACCAGUAUAUGACUUUCAUGAUAAAAUAAUAUUAAUUGAACGAAAAAAUUUAAUAAAUGAUUUAAUUAAACGUUUAUUACCAAGAAAAAAACAUCCUGGAGAUGAUAUUCUUUCAUUAUUACUUGAUCCAAGUUUAACAGAUAAAUGGACACCAUUUACAACAGAUGAAAUUAGUUUUUCAUUACAAAAAUAUACUCAUGAUUUUACAAAUGAUAUUGUAGCUUAG